AUGUCGGCCCCCAUCGACCUGACCCCCCUCAACAAGGACUCCUCCUCAGAGUACGAGCCUAAAAUCAUAUCCAUACUCUCCAGUGCCAUCAACGACCUGCCCCCGACCGAGCCCUCCGCCGAAACCACCGCCCGCGAGAUCGACAAGCUCUACCCUUCUAAUGUUUCCGCGGCCGAGGGCUUCCUCUGGACAUUCUGGACGCUCCUCGUCGCCGUGGCCAAGAAGGUACCCGCCGAUGACCCCCGCCAGGGACUCCUCGUCACGAUUGUCCAGAAGCUCAAGGGCAAGCGGGACGAAGAGGUCGAGAUGUGGGGCCAGAAGACGCGCGUUUGGAGUGAACUGCCCAUGUUGGGGCCCGUCAUGAGAGACGAGUGGAACUUGUCUCCCGACUUUGAUGGCUCGGAAAAGGACGACGCCACCGUUCAGGAGUGGAUCUCGCUCAACUCGUUUGCCGCGAGAAUAUACGGCGCUUCGCUGCAGUCGUGGGAGAAUCUGGGCAUCUGGGAGUUGCGCGCUGGCCUGGAGGAAACGCCCGAGGAUCGGCCAAAUGCCAAGGAUACGAGGAUUGCCACGGCAUAUGAGUGGAUUGUUCACGCCGGCAAGGAGCUGUAUGCCAACGGACGGCAGGCCAAGCAGCUGGACGCAAUGGAGAAGCGGGCCCUGAAGACAGGAUCUUUGCUUAAGAUUGAGACGUCGGGGUUGAGCAAUGACCGGUGGAACUUUUGGCGCGAGAGACUUGGUGUCUUGGGUGCCGGCGCUGGAAGCGGCGCGGCCAAGGAGAAGGCGCAGAGGGCUUUGGACAAGAUGAAGGAGAUUGCGGGCAGCUAA